CCGAAAUUCCAUUGACUUUCACCCCCAGAUUUCUUCUCACUUUGUCCUUAUCUGCCAGUCACACUGAAAGGCCUCGUUGGUCUGCUGAUCUCACGAUUCAUGAAUGACCCUACUCCCCCCUCAUACUCCUCCUUUCUCAAUCUCAUUUCCUCGUCUCCCAUCUCUACUUCCUCUUGAAUCUAUCUAUAGUUUACUAUCACCGGCAUAAUCUACCCUCGUUAUCUAUCAGAACGAAUCCCGUCAAGUCCUGGAAUAUCUACCGUCUUCUCUCUCGACUUCCAGAAGCCGUUUUUCGUGUAUCGUCUAGACAGCGUUCCUCCUCCUGUCAUAUCUUCGCUCUACACCCCAACCCGACCUGAACACUCGCUAGAACCUCGGGUGGCACUAUGGCCGCCCAAUCCACGAUGGAGCGGGAACUCCAACUGGUUGAUCGAGCCAUUGACAAGAUUCUCAAGGUGUCUGGCGACGAGUCUCAGCUCCAGAAUGUCUUGCACGUCUAUCUCGCUCCGUUUCUCGCAAAGGCCGGCAGUCCGCAUCAACAAGUGCGGGAUAAGGUCAUCAAAUUCUCCCGUACCAUUGAGACAUUCAUCCUUCCCACAGAAUUCCCCCUUCCUGCUCAGGCUCUGAUCAAACAGUAUAAGAGCACUGAAUCUCCAAUUAUCCAGCUCGUCAGUUCCAAGUUCAUGACCUAUGCCAUUGACCGUGCCGACGACUACGAUCGCCGCCCUCUUGCCCCUAUCAUCCUCAAUGGUAUCUCCUCUGUCAAGUCUGGGACGCCCAGUACGACCAUCUUCAAGGUCCUGUUACGCGUCCUUGAUUCCAUCAUCAUUCCACCCCGCGGAUCCUCCGAGGAAGCUGGUUUCCGAGACACACUUGGCUUAUCCGAUGGCAAAGACGCUUCCUGGGUUGCCGAACGAUUCGGCGAGCUUCUUCUUCUGAAGCUUCCUAGUCUCAGACAGCCCGAUCCUCUGCGACCAUCUGAUGUCGUUGCCGAGAUUGGUCCCAUGAAUACAUCAUUGAACACCGCCGAUCUCAGCUUCUUUGCGCCUGAAUGGACCGGUCGAAAUUGGUCCGCCCCAUACGACAAUUUACCAACUUUAAGACACAAGAUCGCCCAACUACUCACCAGUGCGGCUUUCCAAGACCGAGAGAAGAUUAUCCCUGCCGUCCUUGCCGCCGGAAAUAGCGACAGCCGGAUCUCCGAGCUCGGUAGCGACAUGCUCAGGCGGACUACCAUUUCCUUCGAAGAUGUCGACCUCGCGAAAGACCUCUUCAAGGCCCACUCGACCCUGUCUGCUCCAUAUCGCACAAAAAUUCUGGAAUUGCUUUCCAAGUCCGCCGUCUCCACCACCAUGGAGACAGAGAUUGCUGCCGUCGUGAAGCUCGAUCUUGUCGACGACUCCGGCCCUCUCCUGCCGGGAUCGGACCUCGAGCGCGUCAAGCUGCAUCGCGCCCUCUUCGCCUACCUCAACUUCGCCUCGAGGUUGGCAAGAUCCCAGGGUCGUUUCUCCGUAGGCUCGUCCCUGAGCUUCUCCGUCAUGGAAUACAUCGAGAACCAGGGCUGGCCGUGCCCCCAUCCGCCGAACCAGCAAAAUGGCCACGCCAGCGCCAAAACCAGGGCCAUUAGCUCCUCCAUCGCCUCCGCGGACCAGGAACUCCGAGGAAUGGCCUACGAGCUUGUGGGUAGUCUUACCGCAGCAGAUAAGAUCCGUGUCGAGGACGCCUUUUCGAUUUCAGAGUGGCUGCUGCAGUCCCUAAGCCGGGACACCACCCCUGACGUCGGUAUGCGCAUCGAAUCCGCCAUCGGCGAGCUGGUGCGCUUUUUCGAACCUAAGCAGUUCGACUUGGACCCCAAGUUGGCGGUUCUGCCCAAUGUCCUGUACCGGUACUUUGUUUUGCCCAGCCCGCCCGCUUUUCGCAGUCUCAAGCUCGUGACCGUGAAGUGGGCCAACCGCUCUAUGCCCUUCUCCCAGUGGAAAGCCCGCUUUCUCGACAUCCUGGCCGUCGCCGGCACGCCCGGCGAGAAGAGCGAUGUAGUGGAGGAAGGAAAACGCGGCCUCGACCCCUGGACAUACAGGGACAGUGUUCUCCCCGAGAUCCCGGACUGGGCCGAGUUAAUCUAUCCUUUCUUUUACGAGGACGCCGAGAAGCACUUUACCUCUCCGGGCGCGAGCAGUGCCCCUGGCUCCGCCCCUGUCGAAGAAGAAGAAGAAGUGACUUUGCGAAAUUUUACAGGCGAAAGGAUCAACGCCCUGCCCGUUGCGCUGCGGUUCGUGAGGGAUAUGAUGUUCGUCGACGCUCUCGCCGACUUCAAGAAGAAUCCACACUGGGCCUCUCAGAUGGAGGUUGCCAUCAACCACAACAUCACGAUGCGACGCAGACUUCAAUCGAGCCUCCGAUGCAACAGCGAGAAGCCCCUCCACCUGGUUCUCCAAGCCUGCCUCCGGGGCGCCGUCUCCCGAGACACCCGCGACCUGGACUCGGUCGUCGAGCAGUGCCUCCGUUACCUCGUUGAUAUCGCUUCCGUUAGCCCUGAAAAGUUUAUUGGCCACAUCGCAACACAAAGCGUUUUGCUCUUCGAUCUUUGCGCCUCAAAUUCCAAAGAGAUUCGCGUCCUGGCGGCCAAGGCGUUCGGCAUAUUCGCAGGCCAUCCCGCAAUGGCUUGGGAGGCCGUCACGUCACCUGAGACUCCCGCCGAUGCCACCCACGUCAAGCAGCUGCGUGCCAUUCUGGAGACCAUGAAGGCCCGUAUCUCGCAGUGGGAGACGGCCGUCGGAGCGGAGGCGAACGCGGUGGAGGGUGCUAUUCUGGCUUAUGCUCAUCUCUUCUCCCGCAUUCAGUAUUACGGUAGAGGAUAUCAGCUCUCGACGCUUCCCUUUGUCUUGCCGGCUGGGCUUCUCCUUGGCCAAGGCAAAAGCCUCGCUAUGCGCGACGUGGCUCUCGAAGCUUUCGCUGAGCUUUGGUGUGCCCGCGUGCACGACGCCAUUCCGCGUGAAGGCACAGAUUUCCAUCCCCGCGCGGUGAUCGACUCUCUGAAGGAGCUCGCGGAACGCGGCAACGAAAAGGCCAUCUUCGCUCUCGGCCGUCUCGCCAUGGCGCUUGACGACCCAUCCGACGGGGCAAAGGAGACGAGCGGUGAUGGACUCGUCAACCCGGAGGAUCAGGGGGGUGACCACAUCGACUCCAUCCUCCGGAUCCUCUUCAAUCUCGGGAAAAAAAGAGAAACCGAGAUCCAGUUCGGCGUCGGAGAAGCCAUCACGGCGGCCAUCGCACGCUUCGGUUCGGAAGAAGUCUUGCUCCAUGUGAACGUCGACGAGGAUAAGACUCUCUGGACCGGUGGAGCGCGAGACCACCGGAUCACACUUGUCCUCGACAAGCUUUUCCUGGAUUGCAAAGACACAGCGCCGUCCCGUAUCAAGGCCGCGGGCAUCUGGCUUUUCUGCCUUGUCCAGCACGCCGGUCGCCAUCCCAGCGUCCAGUCACGGCUCCGCGAGGCGCAGGUAGCUUUCAUGCGACUCCUGUACGCCAGAGACGAGCUGGUCCAGGAGACCGCAUCUCGUGGGUUAUCGCUGGUGCACGAGCGGGGCGAUCAACAGCUGCGCGAGGACCUCGCCCGCGACCUCGUCUCGUCUUUUACGGGGUCGAAAGUGCAGCUCAAGGUCGGUGAAGACACGGAGCUAUUUGACCCCGGCGCCCUGCCCACGGGCGAGGGGAAGUCUGUCACCUCGUAUAAGGAUAUCGUCGCUCUUGCGAACGAAGUCGGCGACCAGAGCUUGGUGUACAAGUUUAUGUCUCUGGCGACCAACGCGGCCACUUGGUCCGCUCGGUCUGCCUUUGGACGUUUCGGCCUCAGCAAUAUCCUCUCCGACUCUCCGCAGGACCCUAGGAUCUACCCGAAGCUCUUCCGCUACCGUUUUGACCCCAACCCCAACGUCCGACGCUCGAUGGGUGACAUCUGGAAGGCAUUGGUUAAGGACCCCAAUCGCGUUAUCGAGGAGCACUUCGACGCCAUCAUGGAUGAACUGCUUCGCAGCAUCGUGGGCAAGGAAUGGCGAAGCCGGGAGGCGAGCUGUCGUGCCAUCGCAGAACUCAUUGGGGGCCAACCUUUCGAGAAGUACGACACCUACUACGGGCAGAUUUGGUCUUCUGCGCUCAAGGUCCUCGACGACGUGAAGGAGUCUGUCCGUAGCGCCGCGCUCAGGCUCUGUAUGAACCUCGUGAAUAACAUCGUUCGCCUGCUAGAGGGUGGAGGCUCGGCCACGUUCAUCUAUCCCAUGCUGCGGGCGGCUCUCCGGUUCCUCAUGUCGCCCAACGGAGUGGAGAGCAGCGCUGCCGAAGUCAAGGCGUUUUCGCUGGGCGCCCUACUCGACGUGGCGAAGAAAGGUGGCAAGACGCUGAAGCCUGUCGUGGCUGAAAUGAUCGUCUGCCUCCUGGGGCUGCACAGCACGGUCGAGCCCGACCAGAUCAACUACGCGUACCAGAGGCUGCAGGAGGAUAAGCGUGGCGAGCUCGACAAACUGCGGGCGUCGUUCGUCAACCAAUCGCCCAUCAGCGAGGCGGUCGACAACCUGCUUCGCCAGCUUGACGGUGAGAUCAUGGCGGACCUGGCUCCCCAGAUCGAAGAGACGAUCAAGAGCGCCGUCGGAAUGCAGACCAAGAUCGCCUGCGCCCGCCUCUUGGUCGACCUCGUGCUCCGACACCGCGAGGUGAUGGAGCCGUAUUCGGCCUCGUUCCUACGCUUGAUGGAGAAACACGCGCUGGAACGGAACGACGAGGUGAGCAAGGCGUACGCCAAGGCGACGGCUUACAUCAUGCGGGUGGCGCCUGAUCCGGCCAAGGAUCGGUUCUUCGACAAGUUUAUCGAUUUAUACUUUACGCACGAGGACGACGCGCGACGGCAAAAGGUCGCGGAUGCCAUCUUGGCGUUCUCCAAGGCGUCCCCCGACGCGUUCAACAAAUACGAGGCCCGGCUUUUGCCCCUCGCGUAUUUCGGAUCGCGCGACACGGACGAGUGGGUGAGAAAGGCGUUUGAGACGGUUUGGGAGUCGCAUGCCGGGAACAGCCGUACGGUGGCUCGAUACGCACCCGAUAUCGCGGUCUUCGUGGGGCGAGGCCUCCAGGCGCCUCGCUGGGUCCUUCAGCAUACGGCGGCGUUCACGAUCGCUUCGAUGGUUUCCGCGCUAGUGACCGCCAGCGAUAUCACCGACGGUCAGAUCAGCAAGGAGAAUUUGCACCUUGUCUGGCCUUUACUGGACAAGGCGCUGGCACUCAAGCCGUUCAGCGGCAAGGAGAAAGUGCUGGCCGCCCUGCCCGAGUUCGUGGCCAAGGGACGCAGGCUGUGGAUGGAGGAUGGAGGCGUGGCCAAGCAGAUGCACAAGGUGGCGUUACGCGAGGCCAAGCGCAACAACGAGGUGUACCGACCCCACGCGUUCGAGGCGCUGUGGCGCUUUGCAGCGGCUCGGGAGGAUCUUGACAUGCUGGACGACGUCUUCUCGGUCGUCCAGCCUCACCUGGACGAGCUCGUCGAGGACGACCGUAUGGACACGGACUCGGGGGAGGAGGCGGCGGCCAAGGGCCUCGAAGCCGUGGCGCGGGGCUACCAACGCGCGGCGCUCAAGGCCAACGCGCCGGGCGUGCUCGAGAAGAUUAUCAACCUCCUCAAGCCGUACCUUUCGCACGCCCGUUUCGCCGUGAUCAAGCGGGAGGUCUGGUACGCCUGCGUCCGGGACAUCAUGCGCGAGGUCGGCGCACCGGAGAGAACGGGUCAGGUCCAGGUUCAGCCCACACAGGGCGCGUCGGCGGCGUUUUACCUCCUCAGCUUGGACCCGGACCUUGUGGACGUUGGCACGGAGACGCAGCGCAAGACGCGGGCGGAGGCCAUUGGCGCGCUCUUGGCGGCGAAGGGUCGUGGCGUUUUCGGACCUCCUCCCCAGGGUCCGGAGAAGGAACAGCUUAGCGGCAUGGUGCGGGGUGCGCUUGAGAGGGAGCGGUCUGUGGAAGUUCAGGCCCAGUUGCGGUCGAUUCUUGAAGAGAUGGUGAAGUGUUAGGGCUCGGGUGUAACGUGUUGACUCGAGACAUAUUUGUGUGCUCUCUUGCUUCUCUUGCCAUGCCAGCGGUCUGGCUUUCCUUUCUAUCGAUUCCAUCCGGUAUAUUGCUCUAUGCACAACACACAUCACCUUUUAUGGUUGUUGUCUAGAGAGCACAACCAGGACUCGCCUCUACUUGCUUGCCAUCACUAUUCGCUACCACCACUGCCAUCAGAGCCUAUGAGACGCAUAGAUUAUGUGGGCAGUAUGUCAGUACUCGGGAGCGCCUGUAUUGUAAUGAACGCCACGAAUAUGAUAGAGUCAAAGAAACAUGAUUAUGCG